AUUUGAUAGAGCGUUGAGAAACCGCACGACAUCGUUCUCGCGAUACUUUGAAGAACGGGCAGUGUGGCGCUUUUCUCGCGAUAUUUAAUGGAGGAAGAAACGCACGUUGGCACGUGAAGGACGCUGACAGCCUGUUAUUGUAUCACAGACUGUAUGAGUAAAUGAAAAGUUUACAACCACAGUACUACAUGUUAUGGAGGAACCCACAACUUAUGAGCGCCAUGUGUACAAAAAUGCCUCGGUAUAUCACUAUAUGAAGAUAUCCCUAAUUUUGGAGAAUGAAAACAAAAGUAUUUCCGCCCCACAGUUUAAACAAUUGAUCAUUUCUGCUCUUAAGGAUCUGUAUGGAGAGGUUGGAGCUGCUUUUCCAUUUGAUCUGUUGAAGUUUGAUGAGAGCUCACGGACAGCUAUACUGCGUGUAUACAACAGGGGGCUGGUGAAGUUGUGGAGUGCCUUGACAUUGCUGGGAUCCUUUCAGGAGGUGGCUUGUGCUUUUAGGGUCAUACAGGUGUCACCUUUUUUGCUAGCUUUGUCUGGGAAUAGCCGGGAGCUGCAGUUCGGAGAGGGUUCGACUUCUUGAGGAGUGCCUACAUUAUUAGAAAAAUGACGUUUAUUCUCAAAAGAAAUAUUUUCGGCAGAAAGAUGUG